GUGUUUGUGUAAACUUCAUAGGAUGUCGGAUUCCGGUAUCUGUGAACGUAGACAUGUGGGAAGCAAAUCUCGAUUCACGCGGAAUUGCGAUUUUCCAUUUACAUGAUAUUGUAUUCAAAUAGGUCAUCUGUACAAACGCUAUCGUCUUUCCUAUGGCGUCAACUAAGGACAGUGUACUUAUUUUUAAAGGUAGCAAUUAUCUUCGACAGCGACUAGUGUUAUCCACAUUGAGCGGCAAACCUGUUAGAAUAAAAGAAAUCAGAUCUCAGGAUGACGAACCUGGUUUGAGAGAACAUGAGGUUAAUUUAAUACGCUUAUUGGACAAGAUAACAAAUGGAUCUCGGAUUGAAGUUAGUGAAACGGGUACAUCUCUUUAUUACCAACCAGGGCUUUUGUAUGGGGGCACAGUGAACCAUGAAUGCUGCAAAGAGAAAGCUAUUGGUUACUACUUGGAAGUUUUAGUGGCAUUGGGACCCUUCUGUAAGAAAGCAUUGCAUAUAACUUUGAAAGGAGUGACAAAUAAUCAGAAUGAUCCCUCAGUGGACAUCUUUUUGAGUAGUGCUAUCCCUAUCGUGAAGAGGUUCCUUGUGGUUGAUAAUGGCCUUGAAUUGAAAAUUACAAAGCGAGGAAUGGCUCCAGAAGGCGGGGGAGAAGUAUUGUUUAAGUGUCCUGUGCGCAGGAACAUAAAACCUAUCCAGCUUGUUGAUCAGGGGAAAGUGAAACGUAUACGAGGCAUCGUGUAUGCGGUACGUGUCUCUCCAACUAUCAGCAAUCGCCUUGUUGAUGCAGCCAAAGGAGUUUUUCUACAGUUUAUUCCAGAUGUGUACAUUUAUACAGAUCAUCACAGAGGCAGUAUGUCUGGAAAGUCACCAGGUUUUGGUAUUGCUGUGGUUGCUGAGACUACAACAGGGGUUUUUUACUCUGCGGAGGCCGUUUCAAACCCUUCUGGUUCUGGGAGCCCUCCAUCUGUACCAGAGGAUGUUGGCAAGGAGGCUGCUUUUCUUCUUAUGGAAGAGAUUUAUAGAGGUGGGUGUGUAGACUCAGUGUUCCAAAGUGUUGCCAGUCUGUUCAUGACCAUGGCACCAAAAGACAUCUCCAAGUGCUUGAUGGGACCAUUGUCACCGUAUACGAUCCAGUUCUUGCGACAUCUCAGAGAGUUCUUUGGUCAUACAUUCAAACUUGAAAGUCAUAAGAAGAGUAAGGAAGAGGAAGAGUUGAAUACUGGUGCAAGCAAAGUUCUCAUCACCUGCUUGGGAAUUGGAUUCACCAACUUGAGCAAACGUGCUGCAUAAUGUCUGUUUGAUUGUAAAGAGUGAUCAGUUUUUAAAAUGUUUCUAAUUGAUCUGUCAUCCUACUUGCAUGUUACAUGUAAAUGUUACUGGCCAAUGUAGAAGUGUCUGUACAAAAUUAAUAUUACUUAACAUUGAUAAAAAUAUUUGUAUGAUUUAGCUUAUGUUGGCAUUACUCUAACAUUUGUAUGUUGUUUAAUAUAGGAGGCAUGAUGAGGCAGGUCGUCACAGUUUAGUAAACAAACUUUAUUACAUACGAAAAAUAAGCUCUAGGUGAAAGGAAUAGUAAAAUAUCAACAUAAGAAUGUGUCUCACUGCGCACAGAAAGUUCAUCUAAAGCAGAAAAGGUUUUUGUAUAAAAAAUAGUUUAUAUAUCAUAAUGACUGACAAUUUUAUAUAGCGUAAGACAGCAAAAUACAUUGUGACAGGAGAGUCAGUUGUAUCCAGGUUUUCCUCCAAGUGAGAGAUGUUUUGUAUCCUCACAAAAGUAUGUAUAAUUGCUUCAAUCUUUGGGUUUUGGAAAUGAAACAU